CGGGUUACUGUGCCCGUUUUGGUGGAGCCGAGGAACGGAGAUGGUUUUCCGACGGAUGAUGGAUCAUUGUCGACGAGCGGAGAGCGGUAACAAGCCACCCUGGUCAUGAGUCCCAGCUUGAGCCUCAUACAUUCCUGGCGCACCACGAUCCAAUGAUGCCGAAUGCAGCGCACAUGGCCGACUCACACAGAGUGUGUGUCCCUAUCCUCUUUCAACGCCCUUUCGUCGUCGAAGACGCACUGAUCGGCGAUGAUCCAACCUCGCUCACGAUGUCACUUCAAGCGAGCGUCCUGGGGAGCUCUUCCUCUUGAUAUCUACAGCUAGUCAUGCUAUGGCGACUGAAUCUCCUCGUAUUGACUCAUGCCCUCGCGCGACUCUCUCAUGCGACGCCCCGUCUCCGUCAAAAUGACCAAGUCGAAGCACCCGGCUUUACAUGGGGAGGAGGUCCCAUGCGAGGUGUCAACAUAGGUGGUUGCCCUUGUCAGCUUCUGACUGUCCAGCCGUGGAUUACGCCUUCCAUAUUUACGGAUAAACCCGAUUGGGUGGUCGACGAAUGGACAUAUGGAGCAUACAUGAGAACUCGGAAUGAUACCUAUGGGGAGAUAUCGCAGCACUGGAACACAUGGUUUCAAUACGAUGAGCUUGAAAAUAUCGCCGCCGUCGGACUCAAUACCAUUCGUAUCCAGAUUGGCUAUUGGUCCAUCAUCCCCCUCGUCAAUGGCGAACCAUAUCUUGUCGGCGCGUACGACUAUCUCAAGAUCGCAGUGACAUGGGCGAGGACGCUCAACCUCAAGGUGAUGUUGGAUCUCCACGGUGUCCCCGGAUCCCAGAAUGGCUUUGACAAUUCUGGCCUCCGAGGUACCCGUCAAUGGUUCUCAAACUACACCAAUCUCCAACGCAGCCUCAACGCUCUGCAAAUUCUCACGGAGGAAUUCACCCAAUCAUCUUACGGUAACACGGUCCAAACUAUCGAGCUUGUCAACGAACCGUUCCCAUAUACCGACGAUGAGCUCAACUUUUUGAAGAAUUAUUACAUCCAGGGGUACAAUACGGUACGAGGCGCGAAUCAGCAACAGCAGAUCGUCGUGGCGCUUGACGACGGUUUCAGGGGACUUCAAUCAUGGUCCGGAUUCAUGACCGAAACCCAGUACCAUGACGUUGCGCUGGAUACGGGUCCCGCUGAUAUCAGGUUCAACAACUACACCCUUGCCAUGGGUUACACCGAACUCCUGGAGUGGUUCUGCUCUCAGGAAGACUACAUUGUAGCUGCAAACCAGAAACACUGGACAAUCGUCGGCGAAUGGACUCUGGCUGCAGCCGCAAAUACAGAUUGCGCCAAGUGGUUGAACGGACGGGACAAGGGCGCCCGGUACGACGGGACGCUGCCUGAUCAGCCAAAGAUACGAUUCACUGGCGACUGCGUAACUCACACCGGGUCCGAUCCGAGCAAGUGGAGCUCAGACUACAUCGAGUUUCUGGGACGCGCCUUUGAGACUCAGACCUACGUCUACGAGAAAGCGUCGGGGUAUAUCAUGUGGACAUGGAAGACGGAGCAAGCUGCCGACUGGUCCAUGCAGGCGGGCAUAACGUAUGGCAAGUCUGGAAAAGCCGACAGUACUGAUUAUCAGGCUGGAUCCCGAUACCAAUCACUGCGAAGCCUCACGGUCGGCCGUGUCAACGAAACGUCUCAAGAACGACCGCAAACACGGGAGAUGCGUUCCGAGCCAUAGCCCUCCCUCGGAUACAUUACACCAUUAUCGCUCUUGUGCUGAGUCUGAAGACCU